AACUUCUCUGUAUCUCCCUCCUAUCUAAAACAUUUUCGAGAAACCAAGUGGAAGAGGAAUGGCUUCGUUGACGGAACCGAGUGGAGACGAAGACGAUCGGUCUGGUAACCGGAAGAGAAAAAACCCCAGUGACGACGCCGACAGUUAUUUUGAAGCCGAGGAGAACGACGAUGGCCAGAUAAAGGUGAUGACCGUCACCAGUAAGAUUAUCUCGCUUAAUGUUAAAGGCUUGGACACCAUUGGCGACAUUAAAAUCAAAAUCAAGGAUGCGGAAAGUAUUCCGUGCCACCAGCAGGAACUGAUAUUCGAUGAAAUGAUUCUUCAAGACACCGAUAUCCUUGCGAACUUGUGCAUCAAGAAGGAAUCCACACUCAAACUUAUGCGUAACUCAAAUGGAUUCAUGAAGAUAUUUGUCAAGAUCCUCGGCCCCUGCCCAGAGACUUUGUCUCUUGAAGUCGAACCCUCAGACACCAUCGGCAAUGUGAAAGCCAAGAUGAGAAGAUCCGGGGAUGUGCUGAUCUAUAAUGAAAUUGUCCUUAACGAUAAGCACACCCUUGCGGACUUCAACAUUAUCAACGGAUCCACCCUCACAAGCAUGGUUAAAUAUGAGAAAUCUAUGGAAAUAUUUGUGAAUUCUUACACCGGAAAGACCAUCUCCUUGUUAGUCAACCCCACAUACACCAUCAGCAAGGUGAAAUCGAUGCUCCUAUAUGAGGAAGAUAUUCAAUAUGGGGAGCAGGUGUUGAUCUUCAACGAACUGGUUCUUGAGGACAGUGGGACCCUUUUCGACUUCAACAUCAACAGGAAAUCGACCCUCACGCUUAUGCGUAGAUCAAGGGGAUCAAAGGAAUCCAUGAAGAUAUUCAUCAAGAUGCUUACCGGAGAGAUCAUUACUCAGAUGGUUAAACCCUCGGACACUGUCAACAAUGUAAAGGCCAAAAUCCAGGAUAAGGUGCAUAUUCCGCAUCGCCGGCAGGAGUUGAUCUUCAACGAGGUGGUUCUCUAUGGCAUUGAUACCCUUUCUAGCUAUAAUAUCAAAAACGAAUCCACACUCACGGUUAUGCGUGCAUCACCGGGAUUAAUGCGUAUAUUUAUCAGGACCCUAAAUGGAAAGACCAUUACUCUAGAAGUUGAAUCCUCCGACACCACUGAGAAUGUGCAAUCGAAGAUACAAAAUCUGGUAGGUAUUCCAUGCGACCAACAAAGACUGAUAUUUAACGAAAAACUACUGGCGGAGGGGCGUACCCUUGCUGACCAUGGCGUCCACAGGGAAUCAAUCAUCCAUCUUGUUUUAAGAUUAAGGGGAUGAUGAAGGUAAUAGAUUAGAGCGGCGUAUCUUAAUAUCCGUUAGUAUGGUAAAAAGACGAUGUCUUGUGUCUUUUUGAUGUAGCUCUAAUUUCUAAUUUGUCUACAAGUAUUUAUCUAAUAUAGUUGGAAGCCUUCGAUCAC